UCAAGACGGGUCGCCCAAGAGAGCGCGAGAAUUAAUGAAUUAUUCAUGAAGCGUCUCGUCUCGCCCCGCCCAGGAAGGCCUUGUUGAUGAUUCACAAGCGCCGGAGGCGAGUUUUAGCCCGAAAAGGCGGUUGAGUCCCAGUCACUGGAAGGCGUCAACCGGCUGAGCAGCUGCACCACUUUACAUUCCUACCAGCAGUGUACAAGGAUUCCAGUGUUGCCACGUCUUCACCUACGCGUGUUACUUUCCAUCUUUUUGAAUAGCCAUCCUAGUUAGAUUUGUUAAAAGAAUCCUGAUACAUUACUAUCAUGGCCACUGUUCAGCUCUCUCGCUCUAUCAGAAUUCACAAGACAUCUAAGAAAACAGUUUUCCCAUCUCAAAUCACUAGUGAGCAUGAGUCACUGAUAAUGGUGAAGAAACUUUUUGCUACUUCUAUCUCAUGUAUAACGUAUCUACGGGGCCUGUUUCCAGAGAGCUCUUACGGAGAACGCCAUUUGGAUGACCUCAGUUUAAAAAUCCUGCGAGAAGAUAAAAAAUGUCCUGGGUCACUGCAUAUUAUCAAGUGGAUUCAAGGUUGUUUUGAUGCCUUGGAAAAGAGAUACCUUUACACAAAUCCUAAGGAGCCUGAGAAAGUGACUGAGAUAUACCAGUUCAAAUUCAAAUACACAAAAGAAGGAGCCACUAUGGAUUUUGACAGCAGUAACAUGAGCUUCGAAAGUGUGACAAACAGUGAAGAUAUUAAGAAAGCCAGUGUUCUGAUGAUCCGUAAACUGUACAUACUGAUGCAGAACCUUGGACCCCUUCCUAACGAUGUUAUACUGACUAUGACACUCCACUACUACAAUGCAGUGACCCCAAAUGAUUACCAGCCCCCUGGUUUUAAAGAAGGAGUAAACUCACACUUCCUGCUGUUUGAAGGGGAGCCUGUAAACCUGAAAGUGGGAAUGGUCUCCACUGGCUUUCAUAGCAUGAAAGUAAAAGUCACAACCGAAGCCGCCAGAGUGUCUGAUCUGGAGAACAAUCCCUUCCAGGAGAGCGACACGACCGAGAUAGCCCAUCAGGGCCUCGACUGCGAUGAGGAGGAGGAGGAGUGCAGCAGUGACAUUCAAAGAAUGAAUUUCGUGUGCAGUCAGCAAAGUUCUGAGAGAUCCAGAAAGAAGAGGAAGGUCAGCGAACCAGUGAAAGUCUUCAUCCCUGACAGAAAGUGAAACUUGGCUGCCUUUGCUACUUUUAUUCUAAAAUAAGUCCAUUUUGCAACAAGUGUGCAUGAAGUGUCUUAGUAGGAAAGUAAGUUUCUAUCACCAAAACCCUUUACUAAAUGUAUUGCUCAACUUUCUGUGUCAAUGCACUAAGUGCUGAAUGACCAGGUAGGACAUGGGUUCACUUGGCCACAAGGAAACGAGGUCACUAGGACUGCUUGGGGCCAGCAUUGCUUUGAGGCGGAGUUAGAGAUGAGACAUCCUUUAUAGCUGGAAAAGAACCACAGCAGCUCUUUGGAAGAGAAACAAGCUGUCCUUCUCAAGGGAAAGAGGGUUUUCUUUGCAUAAUUCAACUCCCCAGGUACUCAGACAACCGCAAAAGGUUUUAACUUGUUGUAACCUGUGUACUGGAAUCCCUCUGCAGUUCAUUAGAAUUCCCACAGAAUCACAUAGCGUGUGUGUGGCUGUGCUGAUCCAGGUGUGAUUUCUGUGUUAACUUCAAUCACAAGGUUAAUCAGCUAAGUGUUGGACCAAAAUGUAGUCUCCCUGUAGAGUUCCCCAAAGCCGGCCCUGCGCCGUCUUCUGCUAGCCGCCCAAGACGGGAACCGGCUGCAAUGCAGGAGCCUGGUUCCCUUCCGAGAGCCCCUGUGGCACACUUCCCCCAACCCAGACUUCAGCUCAUCAGUCUGUAACCUGCAGAUGAGGCCCCCAGUCCUCCCGUCCUUCUGGAAGAAUUCUAAUAGACUUAAUGAUUAGCAUCAGACGAAUAAUAAAUGUCAGUGUUAUGUGAAUUAUUUAUAUACCAUAAAAUUUAAUAAUUUAAAUGGAUAGGACCAACAAGUUAAAUGUUGUAAGUGUGUGUGUUUUCUGGUUAAAUAAAAUCAAAACACAAGGUA